AGGCUGGCAAGGCUUUAGCAACUUUGGGCGAGAACUUCGAGCAUGAGUUAAAGUUGAUGUUCGUCGAUAUCCUGGGUCGAAUCAAACAGUGGUCCGGUAUCGUGCAAAACAAACUCGACGCCUGUAAAAAUGAAAUUGGCAAUCUUCACAAGGAAUUAUUAGCCCGUGCAUGCGAAAUGGACGUUCUUAAAGCUCAGAUUACAGAAUAUCAGAAUCCUUCUUUAUUGGACGAAUCAUCAAAGAAGAAUCAUAAAAUAAUUAGACCAGAACAAGAAAAAGAAAAUAAAAAGAUCCAUGCAGAAAACUCCUUAGCAGAAGAUAAGAAAAUUACGAACAAAGAUAUAGUGCAAGUUGUUGAUCAAAUAGAAAAAGGAGAUGAAGAGAGGACAGAAGAAGUGCGAAUCAUUAAUCAAACUCUCAAUUACCAAGAAAUCAAGAAUACAAUACAAAUUACUGAUCAAACAGAUGAAGAAGUAAAGAUCAAAAUGAAAGAAGAAAGAGCACGAAUUGUCGACAAAGAGAAUGAAGAGGAACCUGUCCUAAAAAAAGAAAUCAAGGAAGAUCAAAUAGAAGCAACUAUGGCGGCUCCAACCACAGUGCUGAAUAAAACGAAACGAGAGUCUGAGCUCGAAUCUGAAAUCACAUUGCUUCGAAAAGAAUACAAUAGAGUCAUCAAGGAGCGUGCUGAAUAUGAAAAUGCGAUACAACGAGCUUUGUUGCGAGGAGUGUCAUCCUUGAAUGUCGAAGCAUUGAGAGUCUUGCGAUGUCCACCAAUACCCUGCUGCAUUCCUUGCGCACCAUGCCCGGCAACUGCAGGAAUCAUUCCACCCGAACCUGUCGUACCGUGUCCUGCCAAAAGCGCGAAAAGACGUUCAGGCUCUACUACUGCAACUAUGAACAAUGCCACUGUUCCACGCGAUAGUGAUCAAAUUAAUUGCAGAACAAAACGGCCUUGCAACAGUCCUUGCUGCUUCGUCGACAGAAGUAGGAAGUCUGCGGAUGGUAGUAUGAUUUUUCUCCUUCGUCAAGAUAAUGAGAGAAAUCUACGUGACGAGGACGCAAUUCCUAUAUGUGGAUCAACGAUCGUAAAAAAGAUCGAGUUACCACCAUUACGAAGAUUCGAGACUGCCACGUGUAAUUAACAUACACUAGAGACGCAUGAUUCAUCGGGAAUUGAGUAAGUUGUUCGACGAGAACAGACACGAGGUCUAAGAGAGAGUAGUAUGGAAUUUGGAUUGGGAACAUUAUUUCAUGAGAAAUGAUUUAUCAUAAUAGCGCAGACACACAUACUACUUACCACUCGUGCGUGUAGGUCACAAAAUGCGUCAAUUAGAUUGUUACUCGAUUACU